AUGUCUGACGUCUCCGUUUACUCUGAAAAGCCUUCUGAAUGCUCCGUCGAAAUGGGUAAGUUGGGGUUUGGUGGAAAGUCUUUGGAAUGGGUAUGUUGGGAGUGGAAAAAAGUUUUUGCGUAUAGUGGCUUACUCUAAGAAAAUUUAGGCUUAUUUUGAAAAUUUUUUGGUUUUUAAAUUAGAUUUUUUUUUCUAAAUUUUUAGGCUUUUUAUCAUUUUUAGGCUUAUUUUAAGAGUUUUAAGACCUUUUUUGCUAUUUUUAUGCUUUUUUUGUUUUAAAAUGCAUUUUUUCAAUUUUAAAACUAAUUUUUCAACUUCAAAACCCCACUUUUCAGAAGAACAGCUAAGUACAGGAAGCAUCUCCCAGUACUCGUACCCACCGUCCGAGUGCUCGGUGGAGAUCGGCGGUGUCCUUAAGAAUCUGACCGGACCUCUGCCCGACUUUGAGAAUCUGGAGCUGAGUUGCGAAGAGAUGACCUGCCUCUCGGACAGCUUUGAGGAGCCGCUCCAGCUCACCGACUACCUGAACACGGCCUUCUCCGAAGUGGCGACGGGCCGCGACCACCACGAUGACUACUUGAACACCGCCGCCAGCGACGUAUCGACCGGUCGCGACGAGCUUGACGACUACUUGAACACGGCUACAGCCGACGUGCUGACUGGGCGUGAACGGCCUCAGCUGACUGAAUAUUUGAACACGGCUACGGCUGAUGUGUUGACUGGACGGGACGAGAUGGACGACUUUUUGAAUACAGCCGCUUCUGAAGUUGCUACGGCUCGUGGAGAAGGCGAUGUGCUGACGGACAAGGAGAGCGAAAUUGGGCUGGAAGAGCACGAUCUGAUGACUGGCAUCAGCCUUGGUGGAAGCAAGGGUAAGUUAUUGAUGAAUUGAAGGGUUUGGUGACAAUUUAUGCGAUAAAAGAUAGUUUUGGUCGUGUUUUGUUUUGAAAAGAAAGUUCUUGCUAUUUUUUGUUCUGUAAAGAAAGUUUUUGCUAUUUCAUGUUUUGUAAAGAAAGUUUUUGCUAUUUCAUGUUUUUUAAAGAAAGCUCUUGCCAUUUUAUGUUUUGUAAAGAAAGUUCUUGCCAUUUUAUGUUUUGUAAAGAAAGUUCUUGCCAUUUUUUAUUUUGAAAAGAAAGUUCUUGCCCUUUGUGACUUGUAAAGAAAGCUCUUGCUAUUUUUCGCUUUUUAAAGAAAGUUCUUGCCGUUUUAACUGUAAAUUUUAACAAGUUUUUAUUUUUUUACCUUUAGGCGUCGACACUGCUCUUCAGCGCACCGACUCAGUGAUCACUGGCCUGAGCUUGGACAGCCUUUCUGAGUAUUCGGACUACGAAGACAACUACUACACCGAGACAAAUGUGGAAGUUGAUGGACAGCUUGGCCUGUAUCCUCAAUGUGAGUUAUUGUAUGUAUAUCAGGUGCCGACAUAAAGAACCCACUAUCAGUGUUUUGCCGGUCCGGUCCGGAUUUUCAAAAAUUGCAAAAUUGAAAAUAACUUUUUAGCUUAUAUUUUAGAGUUUUAAAAAAUAAAUAACUUUUGUGAAGGUCUGUCUUUGGUUAUCAAGUUGUUACCGAAAUGGACCGCCCGGACCGGCAAGACCGAUUCGGCCCGGCCGGUCCAAAUGUUUAGCGAGGAACUGGUAUGAGACGGACCUUCACAAAAGUUAUUUAUUUUUUAAAGCUUCAAAUUAUAAGCUCAAAAGUUUUUUUCAAUUUUGCAAUUUUUGAAAAUCCGGACCGGACCCGGUCCGGCAAAACACUGCCCACCAUACUUGGAUGAAAGCCCUUUGAAAAGUCAUUUUUGGGCAUUUUUUAAGAUUUUUUUCAAUUUUUAUAACUUUAUGACGCCUUAAGGUCAUUUUAGAUAUUUGCGACAUUUUUAAGAUGACGUUUUAAUUUUAUAGUAUUUUUUUGAAAUUUGACACUAUCAGACCUUAUGACAUUUUUAAAUAAAUUUUUGAUUUUUCAGCCUACAUUUCCAAACUCGAAGUAGAGAACAUUUACACUCCAGCUCCAACCGCCUUGAGUCAACCCAAUGCCGCUUCAGAAUAUUAUUAA